AUGAAGCUAGCAAUCCCGCGCGUUGCGGUCCGGAGAGGCCUCGGAGAGUCAUUAUACCCAAGUCUCCCUACCACCAGAACUUUAUCCUCGCCCCUCCGAAAUAAUUCGCCGAGCUAUCAACAGUCGCAAUCCUCUCGGCGACACAACAGCAAUCCUGCAACUUCACCAAAAGAAGAUACCCAAAAACCAAGCCACAAUACAGCAGAAUCGACACACAUCCCUCAAACAUCACCCGCAUCCUCAAUAUCCGAACAUGUCCGCCUCCUCAUGCGUCGUGUGCCCUACCCCGUCGCCAUCAUCACAGCCACCGAUCCCACCGGCCCAGCAGAUACAUCCUCAUUCCGCGGCAUGACUGUUUCGUCCUUCAGCACCGUGACCCUUUCACCAGACCCCGUGAUCUCUUUCAAUGUGCGUCGACCAUCAGAGACCUUGAAUGCGUUACUAGCCUCAGGCCGCUUCCUUGUUCAUUUACUCGCACCCGGACCUGAUACUGCAACGCUCGCUAGAGACUUUUCCAAGGGAAAUACCACGCUAUCCUCAAUUCUGAACGGACAUGGUGACUUUGAAUUCAGGGCAUUGGACGUGGAGUCGAAGGCGCAAGCUGGCGAAACCGAGAGACCGCUUCCCAUCUUAAGACGGAGAAUCAAGGACUCGAAAGAUCCGCAGUCCGCGGACUUCCCGUUUGUCUUUGAAUGCACUCUCUAUCCGAACAAGAUCGACGUGCAUGAUCACUCUAUUGUGCUUGGCACGGUUGUGCGCGCAAUCGAGGUCAAUGCCUCGAAUCUAGAGCCUGAUUCCUCCGGUAUAGAUGAACAUUCACCGGAACAAUUGUGUCUGACAUAUGCCGAUACCCGCUUCUGGAAGAUGGGAAUUGAAAUUUAA